AUGAGCACCGCGUACGAACAAGCUCUAACCGAAGUAGGGAACGAGGGAAGAUUUCAAAAAUGUUUCGAUGUAAAAUACAACGUGCUGGUGGUGUUCAUGUGGAGUAUGGCCUAUAUGAAUAUUAUUUUAUCCUUAGCGUUUACUCCAUACACGUGUAAGCUACCUGACAAAACUGAUCUCAACAUAAGUGAUUAUACGUGGAAGCUUAAACAUAUCCCAGUACACAGCGAUGCUAACGGUGAUAUUAAAUUUGAAAGCUGCACCAUUUAUACGCACCCAGAUGUUAAUAAUGAUACAUCGGAAUGCGAUGCAUACACAUAUGAUAAAACUUGGUAUGAUAGCACAAUUCCUUCAGAAAAAAACUGGGUUUGUGACAAAGAGAUAAAUAUAGCUAACUUGUUCGCUUAUAGUAAAAUUGGCGAAGCAUUUGGUUCAGUGUUAUUUGGUUGGAUUGGAGACGUAUAUGGCCGCCGUCCUACGUAUAUGGUGUCUAUGGUGCUUAUAGUUUUGGGACGCCUAAUAUCAUUAUUGGCUGGAUCAUCCUUCCUUAUAUUUGCAACAGGUUGCAUAAUUGCUGCAUUUCCUUCAUGGUCUGUGCCACAAUCAGUAUCUGUUAUAUCUAUGGAAAUAUCAUCUUCGGCUCGUAGAACGAUCACAACAUCAAUGCGUUACACAGCAUUUAGUAUAGGACUAGCAACUGUGCCCUUCUUCUAUUGGUGGCUUAGAGAUUGGAAAUUGUUUGUUAUUAUUACAACCGCUCCUUUAAUUCCAUGGAUUAUAUUUUCUUGGAAAAUACCAGAAUCCCCUCGAUGGUUGUGCGUUACGGGAAAAUCAAAACAAGGCAUAAAAUGUUUGAAGAAGAUAGCGAAAGAUAAUAACCGCGAUUUAAAGGUGGAUACAGAGAAAGAGAUUAUGUCAAUGGAAAUUGAGGACAGCCAUAGCGGAUAUGGCCCAUUGGCAUUAUUUUCAGGAAAAAGAAUAGCCCUCAAUACAAUAUUGCUACUUAUAUUAUGGGUUUUUGUUUCCAUAAGUUAUUCCGUGCUACUGUUAAGCGCAGGAGAAAAAUCUGGCUUAAACCCAUUUAUUCAAUUUUCUCUGCAAUCGAUUGCCGAGAUACCGGCAAAUUUUUUGGGAGCAUGGUUAUGCGACCAUAUUGGCAGACGACGCUCGACCACUAUGUCUUUCUUUGUGAUAGGAUCAAUUUGGACAAUAAUUUCUCUUCGGGAAUUAAACAUUCAGUGGAUUCGAGCCUGGUGGAUAAACAGUGCAUUAAUUGCUAUUGGAAGAUUAACUAUAGCAAUAUCUUUUUUUGCGAUAAAUUUAUUGAAUUUGGAAAUAUAUCCUACCAGUUUGAGAAGUUCAGGAAUGUCUUUGGGAAAUGUUGUUUCUAGUGUAGCAGCUGCUAUUGCGCCUUACAUUUUGUACUUGUUACCAGAAACAAUAGAAGAUGCAAACAUACUUGGUAGUAACAAAACCAAAUAUUCGAAAUUAUCUAAGACAAAGAAACCAGCACCAGAAGAUCUUACUUGA